AUGGGUCAAGAGCUGUGUGCAAAAAGGCUACAGCCAGGAUGCAGUUGCUACCAUCGUUCCGAGGGAGGGGAGGCGCCCGGCUGUCAGAGAAGCCAGCCUGGAAGCACCGAGCCUGCUGUAUUUGAGCUCACAGAUCUGAACGGAGCAUCAUGUUCCACAUCUUCAUUCCACCCCAGGGGACUCCAGGCUGCCAGUGCCCACAAGUCGGAGAGUAAAAGGCCACGGAGUAACAGUGAUUCUUUUCAGGAAGAGAAUAUGAGGCAGGGGUUGCCAUGGAAGAAGAGCCUCCCUUUUGGAGCAGCCUCAUCUUACUUGAACUUGGAGAAGCUGGGUGAAGGUUCUUAUGCCAAAGUUUACAAGGGCAUCAGUAGGAUAAAUGGACAACUAGUAGCUCUAAAAGUCAUCAGCAUGAAUGCAGAGGAGGGAGUCCCUUUCACAGCCAUCCGGGAAGCAUCUCUCCUGAAGGGCUUGAAGCACGCCAAUAUUGUCCUCUUGCAUGACAUUGUUCACACCAAAGAGACUCUGACAUUCGUAUUUGAAUACAUGCAUACCGACCUGGCCCAGUACAUGUCUCAGCAUCCUGGAGGGCUUCAUCCUCACAAUGUCAGGCUUUUCAUGUUUCAGCUUCUGCGGGGCCUGGCAUUCAUCCAUCGGCAGCGUGUUCUCCACAGGGACCUGAAACCUCAGAACUUGCUCCUCAGUCACCUGGGAGAGCUCAAGCUGGCUGAUUUUGGUCUUGCUCGAGCCAAGUCCAUUCCCAGUCAGACAUACUCUUCGGAAGUGGUGACACUCUGGUACCGGCCACCUGACGCUUUGCUGGGAGCCACGGAGUACUCUUCUGAGCUAGACAUAUGGGGCGCAGGCUGCAUCUUUAUUGAAAUGUUCCAGGGUCAACCUUUGUUUCCUGGGGUAUCCAACAUCCUUGAACAGCUGGAGAAGAUCUGGGAGGUUCUGGGAGUCCCUACAGAGGAUACCUGGCCUGGAGUCUCCAAGCUGCCUAACUACAAUCCAGAAUGGUUCCCGCCACCUAAACCUCAAACUCUGCAGAUUGUCUGGAACAGGCUUGGUGGAGUUCCUGAAGCUGAAGACUUGGCCUCCCAGAUGCUAAAAGGCUUCCCCAGGGACCGUGUGUCAGCCCAAGAAGCACUCGUUCACGAUUAUUUCAGUGUCCUGCCAUCCCAGUUGUACCAGCUUCCUGAUGAGGAGUCUCUGUUUGCAGUUUCGGGAGUGAAGCUAAAGCCAGAAAUGUGUGACCUUCCGGCCUCCUACAGGAAGGGACACUGCCUAGCCGGGGUUAACAAGUGUUGGUGAAAAGAAAAGAUGACGUCAUGUACAUCUCUGCAAGUGAGCGGGCCCAGAACCACAAGCAUUGAUGGAUCCAUCACUGCCAGCAGGAGGGAACAGUGUCUGCCUCUGUCCAGGGUCUAGCACUUUAUCCCCGCUCCUAAGGCAGCCUCCACAGAACCCCACCUCCUACGCUGAGGGGGAGGUGAGGAUGCCAUGGCCGCUUCUCCCUCUCCCCUCUCCCCCCACCCUAGCUGUGGUGAGCUCCUGAGUAACAGCCUGAAGAGUUCCACCAAUGCUGGUGGAAUGAAGAGCUCCCAUGACACGGGUCUCCUUAGCUAGGCAGGCCUCUGUGUCAGCUGGCAAGACACAGCAGGGCAAAAGUUGACCAACAGAGCCACUUUUCCCAAAGGCUGCAAGGUUUUCUGGAGUGCAGGAUAUUCAGUGCUGAAGUGGCAUUUCUUGCUAAAUCAGAAUGCUUUGUCAUAUUAGUGGUGAAUUCUUUUCUCUGUCAGUCCCAAGGAGCAAAGGGCAUGAUGGUAGAUUUUCCCAGAACCAUUGUACCCUAAAAGGUAUCUGCACAGCUAGCUUCUGCUAGCAUGCACGGAAGGCUGGUGGAACACUCCCCAAAGCCAAGUGCAGACACACCCAAGUGUUUCAGGAGCACUUCCUCUACCCAGCCUCUGCCAGGAGUAGAAGGGACAGCAAUCUGGGUUUAAAGUGAAACCAGGUGCAGGGCUGGCCAGACCAUUAGGUGUCCCUGGCCAGAUUCCAAAUCAUAAGUGCUGUUCUCUGAUAGGGCCACCCAGUUGGCAGGCACAGCCUGGCUAUGCCUCCUGGUGGAAACCCCUGGGAUAUCCCCUAUGUGUGCACGCCAGUGCCAUGCCUGUGGCAGUCUCCUGUUCUUUGUGGCUUUCUCGUGAGUCUCCAUCUCUGACUACAUCUACAAAUCAAAGAUGUCUGCUUUCUGGUUCUUCAGCUGCCACACCAACUCUGGUGGAGUCUAUGUGACAUGGUGAAAGUCAUGCUUUCAGACCUGAGGUGUGUGUUCCUCGGAACUUAGCCUCCCUGAGGUCCCUGGCAUCCUGCUUCUGCGAGCUGUUCCAGCGCACUGAUCAAAUUCUGUGGAUUUGGGUUCUGUGCCUUGUCGUUCUUGAUUUUUAUGAUAAUAGUUAGCAUAAUGCAACCUGGCAUUAUCAACCAGAUCUUGAUAGAUCAAGGGCCCAAGGGAUGUCCCAGGAAACAUUCCUGAUAGCAUGAUCACUCCAGGGCCUACAAAGACUGAUGCCAAUGAACCUGAUGACCAGCACCAGGUAAUACCAGACUUAGGUCAAAGAAGAUUCAUGAAUUAUUCAACACAAGAUCCCCCAUUUUUCCAAGCUUUACUCAGAGUUAAGUGGAAGAAAAAUGAGAUAUUUGGAGAUGUUAUGAAUCAGUUAUAACAGGAAGAGUUGUUUGUAAAAAUCCAGACAAAUUGAGUAGUGAAAGGAUAAAAGUUCAACAGCUGGUAGGGAAAGACCAGGAAGGUGUGUCAGAAGUUUAGGAGAAUGGUCUGGAAUUCCAACAACUGUAAUAUAUGGUAGGAAGCAUUAUUUAGAAGCUGUUGGUGGACUCCUCCAGUAAAUAGUGAAACUCCAUAAAGGCUCAGGACAACAGCCCCACAUUGGCCUGACUGGCCAUAAAAUAUUAAUAAAAUUUACUAGCUACAGCAAAUUUGCUCAGACUAUAGCUUGGUAGAAUUCUAAAAAUAGGUGACUUCAAGUCUGGGUUGAUUAACCACUGUCUGGGUACCAAAGGGUUCCCCAAAAACAUUUCCUGCUCUGUGUUUUUUAGUUUCAAGUUAAAUUGUAAAUAUGUAAGCUCCCCAUCUGAUCAUCACCUGAUGUAACCUGGCAUGAAAUCAAAAAGUAGUUCCUAAAUCAUGUGUAUAUAUCUGAGAUGUUUACAGAAGUAAAACUG